AUGGGGUCAAAAUCAUUUGGAAACCUCUUAGACUUGGCAUGUGGGGAUCUUCUGGAGAUUCCUCAGACUCCAAGAGCUCUUCCAAAAGUGAUGACUGUUCCUGGAAUCAUCUCUGACGCCGAUGGAGAUGGUGUUAGUGAUAAUGAUUCAGAUGCCAUCUCAUCAUUAUCUUGCCGCGAGCGGAAGAUCAUAGUAGCAAACUUUCUUCCUUUAAAUGGCAAAAAGGAUUCAGAAACUGGAAAGUGGAUCUUCAGCCUGGACAAUGAUUCUCCUCUGUUACAUCUCAAAGAUGGGUUUUCUCCAGAGACGGAAGUCAUUUACGUUGGAUCACUCAAGACAGAUGUUGAUGUGACUGAGCAAGAAGAGGUCUCCCAGAAACUCUUUGAGGAAUUCAACUGCGUACCGACUUUUAUCCCACAAGAUGUGCAUGAAAAAUUCUACCAGGGCUUUUGUAAACAGCAGCUAUGGCCACUUUUCCACUACAUGUUACCAAUGUGCCCUGAUCACGGCGAGCGCUUUGAUCGCAGUCUUUGGCAGGCGUAUGUCUCUGCCAACAAAAUAUUCGCAGAUAAGGUAAUGGGAGUGAUUAAUCUCGAGGAGGAUUACAUCUGGAUUCAUGACUAUCAUUUGAUGGUCCUACCAACGUUUUUGAGGAGGCGUUUUCACAGGGUUAAGCUCGGUUUCUUCCUCCACAGUCCGUUCCCUUCUUCGGAAAUUUACCGAACCUUACCUGUUCGUGAGGAGCUACUAAGAGGCCUCCUAAACUGCGACUUGAUUGGUUUUCACACGUUUGAUUACGCUCGGCAUUUCUUGUCAUGCUGCUGUAGAAUGCUUGGAUUGGAGUAUGAGUCUAAGAGAGGGCAUAUUGCUCUUGACUACUUAGGCCGUACGGUGUUCUUGAAGAUUCUUCCUAUAGGUAUUCACAUGGGAAGGCUUGAAACCGUUCUGAAUCUUCCUGCUACAGCUGAGAAACUGAAAGAGAUCCAAGAAAAGUAUCGCGGCAAGAAGGUGAUCCUCGGUGUUGACGACAUGGAUAUCUUCAAAGGCUUAAGUCUGAAAAUGUUGGCCUUUGAACACCUCCUACAGCAGUAUCCUACCAUGCUGGGGAAACUAGUUCUUAUCCAGAUUGUGAAUCCAGCCAGAGGCUCAGGUAAAGACGUCCAGGAAGCCAAGAAAGAGACUUAUCACACUGUGAAAAGAAUCAACGAGCGGUAUGGUUCUCCCGGUUAUGAGCCGGUGGUUCUGAUUGAUCGUCCUGUUCCUCGGUUUGAGAAGUCUGCUUAUUACGCCAUGGCAGAGUGCUGCAUAGUUAAUGCGGUGAGGGAUGGCAUGAACUUAGUUCCAUACAAGUACACUGUUUGUCGUCAGGGAACUCCAAACAUGGAUAAAGCUCUGGGACUAAGUGAAGAUUCUCCUCGCACAAGCACGCUUGUUCUCUCUGAGUUCAUUGGCUGCUCACCUUCUUUAAGUGGUGCCAUUAGGGUUAAUCCUUGGGACGUUGACGGGGUAGCUGAUUCGAUGUACUCUGCAAUCACCAUGUCUGAUUUUGAGAAGCAGCUACGGCAUAAGAAACACUAUCACUACAUUAGCACACACCAUGUGGGGUAUUGGGCAAACAGCUUUUCUCAGGAUCUGGAGAGGGCGUGUAGAGAGCAUUACAGUAAACGAUGCUGGGGUGUGGGUUGGGGUUUAAGUUUUAGGCUCGUUGCUCUCUCUCCGAAUUUCAGAAGGCUAUCCAUUGAGCAAGCCGUUACUGCUUACAGAAGAUCGAGCAGGAGAGUUAUCUUUCUUGACUACGAUGGCACUUUAGUUCCUGAGUCCUCUAUUGUAAAGGAUCCAAGUGCUGAAGUUAUCUCUGCAUUGAAGGCACUGUGUAGUGAUCCUAACAACACUAUCUUUAUCGUUAGUGGGAGAGGGAAAGUUUCUUUGAGCGAGUGGCUUGCACCGUGUGAGAAUCUUGGCAUAGCUGCUGAACACGGUUACUUCACAAGGUGGAAUAAGUCAUCCGAUUGGGAGACGAGCGGCGUAUCUGAUGAUCUUGAGUGGAAGAAGAUCGUGGAGCCUAUUAUGAGACUGUACACAGAAACUACGGAUGGAUCUAAUAUAGAAGCGAAAGAAAGUGCGUUGGUGUGGCAUCACCAAGAUGCAGACCCAGACUUUGGUUCUUGUCAAGCUAAGGAGCUUCUUGACCAUCUCGAAACCGUUCUUGUGAAUGAACCUGUUGUUGUUAACAGAGGCCACCAAAUCGUUGAAGUCAAGCCUCAGGGAGUAAGCAAAGGUCUCGUCACCGGGAAGGUUCUAAGCAGAAUGGUGGAAGAAGGGAAGGCGCCGGAUUUUGUGGUGUGCAUUGGAGACGACAGGUCAGACGAGGAGAUGUUUGAGAGCAUAACAACAACACUCUCUGCUCAAUCAUCGUCGUCAAUGUCUACAGAGAUAUUCGCGUGUACGGUGGGGAGAAAACCGAGCAAAGCCAAGUACUUCUUGGAUGAAGUAAGCGACGUGGUGAAGUUGCUUCAAGCACUUACCACAACUUCGAGCCCAAAGCCUAGGUACCCUUCUCACCUCAGAGUCUCCUUCGAAAGCGUGGUAUGA